CGUUGGUGGAGGCUUUUGGAGCUCAAGCUUCCAGUAACGUUGUUGUUUAACUGGUCUGUGGUAUGACUGACGGUACAAGGCUCCGUCAAACCUGGAAGGAUGCACUGGAUGGCUCUGAAGCCACUUUCCGCCAGCUCCUUACCUCUCAUUCCUCCUCGGAAUGGAAGCAUAUUUCCUUAGCAAGUGAUUCAUCCCCGUCAGGCAAGGGAAAAGCACGCGCCUUCACAACUCCUGAGCUCACCGAUAUCGCUGUGCACCGCAAAGCUAUCAAGUCGGGUGAGAAUGUCUACAGAGUCGUCCUCGACGUCCCAAUUACCGACCAAUCUGCUUCUCUCGACGCAUGGAAGGCCGUCAUUACCACUCCGGAACUUAGACAGGAGUGGGACCCCGCAGUUGAGAGUGCGCAUUUGGUAGAAAUGUUCGAUCGUCAGACGCGAAUAUCCAAGACUAAUUUUACGCUUGGUUGGCCUGCCAAUCCACGAGAUGCUGUAACGAUUUCACGCAUUUACCAGGAUACAUCCACGAUAAUAGAUAUUUCCACCUCAUUGCCACGCUCAUCUGACGAGCCAGCGUACUUGAGGCCAUCACCACCCUACGUCAGAUCUCAUGUUGCAUUGUUCGCUUGGUGUAUCCAGUAUGUUCAACCAUCCACAGCCCCACAGCCGCACUCCCCGGCCGAUCAAAUCAAAAGGCGCAUGUCUACAUUUAUGGCGCAGCCACGCCUUCGCAUUACGUGUUUCUGGCAGCACGACCUUCGCGCAAUCUGGAAUUUUGGCUCUGCUUCCACUGUGUGCCAACAGCUGUGCACGAUGAUGUUGGGUCUGUAUAAGACCGUCCUAGCGCGUGGCUCUCGCAUACCGGUGCUUGCAGGACAUGGAUAUGGGGUUAGCAUUGAGAAAAUACGGUUCCAGCUCGACAGGCAGGCUCUUGCCAUUGAGUAUGUGAUUCACUCGGAAGAAGAAGACCACGCAGGGGAGACAGGUCAGGGGCUGGACGUGAUUAAGGAACACAGGCGCCUCGUACGCUCCCUUGAAUGCGUCUUUCCAUCGAAUGAAGGGUGGGAUGUCCAAAUAACCAUGAAAGGCUCAUCUCAGAAGGUUGAGAGUCUCCCCUGGAAUGCCACUGCCUCGCGACAGAAGCCUUCUUCGCCAAUCGUGGGGAGUAAGCCACCGGAACUAACGGUUCUCCGUAUAUCCCAUGCGCCUCUUCCUGAUGAUCAUUCUAUUGUCAAAGUUCGUGCAGUUAUAGAACUCUCUGCGCCAUCCAGCGGAAUCAGGCUGAAUGGUCUUCCUCAGACCAUUCAGUUUGUCGAAGAGCGCGAUCCGUUGUCUUUCGCGCAGCAGCAACAACAACAGAUCCUGCAAGAUGCGACCAGUGCUGCGGAUGUGAGCUUUCAAACGACAUCUUCAGUCAGCUCCGUUGCAUCGAGCUCCACAACGCCUACAAGACCACCAAUGGCGCGGUCGAUGACUGAGCGACCUGUGGCGGCGGAGAAAACGAUAUUAUCGCGCGUGAAACGGAGUUAUAUAUACUUCUCGUCACUAUUGCAGGAACCAGAAGCAAAGUGGAAGCGGACUACGGAAGCACGUGGAGUAUCAGUAACUCAAUUAGAUUCUAUCGAUCCGACCCUGGUGGUGUAUAGAGCAGAAGCCACUUUUGUCGGCCUUGGAUUAUGGGACUUGUACGGCGCGUUGGUUUCGCCUGGUGCUAGGGUUUUUUGGGACAAGCAACACGAGGAUGCAACGCUUCUCGAAGAUGUGAACGAGCUAACGCAAUUGUGGCAUUUCAAGACUAAGCCCGCAUGGCCCGUACAGGGUCGAGACACAGUCCUCUUGAAAACCGUCUAUAAAUCUCCGACUACGAUCCAUGUUUUCUCAUUCUCAGCCGACGACCCAUACUUGUUUCCUUCCAUCCCUCCUCAAGACCCAACUCUCAUUCGCACACAGGUCGAUCUACAAGGAUGGGCCAUUGAAACACUCUCUCCGAACACCACCCAACUCACCUUGCUCGAGCAGUCAGAUCCCAAAGGAUGGUCGAACAAAGCAAGCAUACCACAAGCCAUGAUCUCUGCGCUCGCUGGCGUUGGUGACUUUGUCAUUAAGUGCGGUGGUCCCCCAGUAGUGACACGACUUGCGGGGGCCAAAGCUAACGACAUGAGAUAUGAUCAUGAGAGGGGCGCUUUCCGUGUCGAGUAUGAAGGCUCGGAAAAUCGCCGAGCACCCACCACCAUCACAGAAGAUUCGGCAAAUGAAUCUACCGUAGCCGCCAACUCUCGCACGAUGCACACGAUCGAGUGCGAGAUCCGGUGUGAUAUGGACACGUGGGCAUCUGCACUUGAUGUCGUCGUCGACCCCCCUCCGCAUAGUGUUUCAGCGCUGCGCCGCCAUCGACUAUCCGCAGGUGGAGGAGGGCUGUGGCUGACGCUCACUCACGAUGCUUUGUUCGCUGCCGAUGAGAGGCUUCUGGCUAUCGUACGCCGUGGGCCGAUGGGACCUGGGAAAGAUAAGGGGGUUGUGAUGGUCAAUGGGGCACGUGUAACUGUCGAUGUCGAAGAACUUCCUGAGCAGGAGAUUAAGGCACUUGCGAAGCGCAAACGCAUCAAGCCUAUACGCAUUCCGCUCGACCAGCCCCCAGUCGUGGGCGUCAUUCGACGGCGGCGGGCAGAGUGGGACGCCGAUGGCGAUUCUCCCAACAGCACAGAAUCUACCCCCAGAAAUCUAACGCCUGAACCUCUUGAAACCCCAAUGCCCUCGCCAGCGUCAACGUGGUUAACGUCCCCAAAAAUCACGAGUCCGCUUGCCAGCUUUUGGUACACCGCAGUGGAAUCAGCGACAACUACUACCCAGCAAGCGGUUGCUGCAAUGGCUCCUGGAGAUGGAGGUGCACCGUCUGCAUCACGAGUGCCCAUGCAACAUGCCGCGGAAGCUUUACAAUGGAUGCGAGAUCUCCAGUGCGGUGGUCCUGAUUCGAAAGCCGGGUGGACUCUGCUGGUGGACAAGGGUAUCUCAGUUCAUCGCAAACUACUCACAGACAUCUCGCCGUCCAUCCCAGUGCACAAAGGCGAGAAAGUCAUUGAGGGGGUCUCCGCAGAAGAGGUUGCUGCUGUUGUGACGAACUAUGAGUGUCGCAAGCAGUGGGAUGUCCGAUUCGCUUCUGCCUCGAUCUUGGAGAGGUUUGGAUCGAAAUGUCAUACCGCGUUUGUAGUAUCCAAGGGAGGGUUUCCUUUCCGUGACCGGGGGUUCUUCCAAGCGUCUAUCAUGGCCCGCUCCAGGCUUCCACUGUCAAGUUUAGAUGUCACGCCAGGAGAGACUGGUCCCUCGCAAGAUGCUCGCUCAGUCAUCUUUUGCGUAUCUGCAUCUUUCAACCCGGAUUCGGCUGCAUCCUUUUCUCCAUCCAAGUACAACCCUUAUGCCUUGCCCAUUGGGCGGGCGUAUAUCGAUGGUUGGAUGUUUGAGACCCUCGACCCGUAUACCAAGGAGAACUACGCCAUUCCAUCGACACGGUGCACUAGAGUCGUUGCCGUGGACUACGCGGGAUCCAUACCGGUGGCAAUGAACUCGCUCAUCAAUAGCGCGCUCCCAAAGUCGAUACUUGCAGUGGAGACCUACCUGAAGGGCUCUUCGCCCAUGCCAUAUACGAGGCUUCCAGCAGCCGGUGUUGUCCUGACGGAACAAAAGGGUGGCACUGGAGUCAACACGCCAUCUUGGAGAUUGAGGAAGAAGGACGAGAAUCGGAAGUUGAUCGUUUCGACAUUCAACCCUCUAAACCAAACUCAUCGUAGUGUUGUGCUACUCACGAUGACCAAUGCCGCACCAGGUAAACCUGAUGAACUCACUCCUAGGCCGAGCAGAGCGGGUCUUCCAACUAUUAGUCCCACUCCUGAGGCUCGGGCGAUCAAUCCUCCAGAAUUUACUACCUCUCCUUCGAUUCCUUCAUCCACGCCAUAUCCUCGCAGGACCUCCUCAGCUUCUGCAGGCUCUGCCUCUGCGGAGCCCUUGAAAGCAUCUUCUUCCGCAUUUACAUUGAAGGGCGAAAUCAAACAUUCCACAGAUCUCCUCGUCGCUGAGAUCGUCGUAGACUCGAAACUCUAUCCCGAGGGCUAUGAAGUGCUCAUUACAUCACGUCCGCGAGACAAUGCGAAGUUUAUCUCCCUCGACAGCUCGCGCGAGAACGACACGGAAUUGGUAACAAGUGCAGGUACAACCGACUUGCCCAUCAGCUCGAGCGUAUACACUAUUCCUGCUUCGCCACUACACUCAUCAGGGUUGAAUGCAGAUCGACCACCGCGGCAUCUCUUAAGGUUGUCAUUGCCCACGGCCCAGUACCAGGUAUCUACGGUAAAAGAUCCGCUUACAGGCGAGAUCAGGACCGCACCUCCCAAGCCUCAGUGGUUUAAUGAUCUGCAUGAAAAAGGGUUUGUGGUACAAGUGGAGAUUAAGCCUGUCAUACCGUCUGCUUUGGGUAUCAAGAAAAGUGACGGUGGCGUGAUAGUGAAGGUUGGCGGAGCGAAUGUUGGGAUUGCUAGCGAGAAGGAGUCAUUAACUGCACUUGGGCGCGAUGAGCUCCAGGAUGAUCGGGUCUCUCGUAUGCCUGUACUGCAAAGAUCCGCAGACGAUGGAGACCUGUUCCCCGACGAACUCAAAGAGCCCCUGUCCCGUGCGGAUGAUCUCCUCGAUAAUGGCGCUAUCGUCCCUGCUAUCGAUAUCAACGAAGAUCCGGAAGCACCUGAGGAGAGUCGACCAAAGGCGGAAGUGAUCGAAAACGGGCCGCCCUUGGAUGCCCCCGAGAACGGCACUGUUAUGCAGGUUCUGCCGCAGCCACCAUCAAAUAGUGGAUUGUUUGGAUUCCUAAAUGCUUAUCCUAAUCCGAUAUCUCGCUGGACCUCAUCACCUGCCAAGGAUCUUGUUUCACCAAUGCCAUCUGUUUCAUCUUCUCGGCGAUCGUCUCAAAGCGUUCCGAAGCUGCCUGGUGGGUUGUCGAGUACGGAGACGAACAGCACGAGCCCCACGAUGACAACACACAUUGUUCGGAUGCCGACGACAUACCCGCUGUCGACUGUUCUAAUCAUAGCACUAAUUGCUUUUUUAAUUGGAUCGUUGUUGCGAUCGCUUCUCUCACCUGCAGACUUCAUUUACGUCGUGACAGAUCUGCAGGAUGCCGAGGAGGGGAGCGCGGGGUGGCGGGAGAUCAGGCGGCUGUUGGAGGUGAAAUAUAUUGUUGGUGGAUGGGACUUUCAGAUCGCUGUUGUUCGCAGACAUUGAGGGGGUUUUGCGAUUUAAGCUGUACUGUUACACUAGAAUGCGCGUGUAUCAUAUGUUCUUAACGUAUUGUAGAGUAAUGGAAGAAGGUGGAACGUAGCCA